CUCUCGGUGUCCGGCUGCCGGCGGAGGGUCCGCGGUUCAGGCCGGGGCCGGCACCGAACCGAACUCCGGCCGCUCUCGCUCCGCAGCCGCUCCCCGGCGCUCCCGGGCUCCCCGUGAGGCCUUUACUGGGUUCGUCCGGCCCCUCCCGGCCCGGCCGCGCGAGUCCGACCCUCCGGGAGCACCGGCCCAGCCGCCCUUCCCCCUCCGUCGGGGCCUGUCGGCUGUCGCCGCCCUCAGCGGCCGGGCCGAACUACGGUCCAGUGACCGUCAGGCGCGCGGACGCUUCAGGGGGUCCCUUUAAUCCCGAGCGUCCGAGCGAACCGACACCCCGCCCGGCAGGCGACGCCGGUAUUGCGCGGCCCGGCCGCUAGGCGGCGGUGCAGGCGGCUCCGGAGAAGACGUCGCGGCCCUGUGACGUCACGAGCCCCGAGCGGAACCGGCGCGCUCCGUGACGUCAUGAGCCCGCCCGCGGGAGACCGGCGCUGUCGUGUGACGUCGCACGCGCGCCGGGGUGGAAAGACGGGGUGGCGGCGGGCCGCGGGUCCGCGGCGUUCGCCAUGGUUCCGCGCGUGCAGCUCCCACCCGAGAUCCAGCUGGCCCAGCGCCUGGCCGGAAACGAGCAGGUGACCCGGGACCGGGCGGUGAAGAGGCUCCGGAAGUACAUCGUCGCCAGGACUCAGCGGGCCGCAGGUGGUUUCACUCACGACGAGCUGCUGAAGGUCUGGAAGGGACUGUUUUACUGCAUGUGGAUGCAGGACAAGCCGCUCCUCCAGGAGGAACUAGGGAGGACCAUUGCCCAGCUCCUGCAUGCCUUUCAGACGACAGAGGCACAGCACCUGUUCCUGCGGACGUUCUGGCAGACCAUGAACCGCGAGUGGACAGGCAUCGACAGACUGCGCCUGGACAAGUUCUACAUGCUCAUGCGGAUGGUCCUGAACGAGUCCUUGAAGGCCCUGAAGACGCAUGGGUGGGAAGAAAGGCAGAUCGAGCAGCUGCUGGAGCUGCUGACGACGGAGAUCCUGCACCCCGACAGCCAGGCCCCCAGCGGGGUGAAGAGCCACUUCCUGGAGAUCUUCCUUGAGGAGCUGAGCAAAGUGGGCGCUGCUGAGCUGACGGCGGACCAGAACCUCAAGUUCAUCGAGCCCUUCUGCGCCAUCGCUGCUCGCACUCAGGACCCCCUGGUUUUGCAUAACAUCACUCGGGGCGUCUUCGAGACGAUCGUGGAACAGGCCCCGUUUGCCAUCGAGGACCUUCUGGAUGAACUGGAUGCGCAGGAGGGGGAGGAGGGGACGUCAGAGGACGAGGAGUGCGAGCGGGAUGCACCAUCCAUGGAGCCAGGCUCCCCCCGUGGGGCUGCACCCCCCGACAGGAGCGACGAGCCACUGGGACGUGGUGAGGACGCCGUGGGCCCCGUCCUCCAGUUUGACUACAAGGCCGUGGCCGGCAGACUGUUCGCGGUGGCCAGUGAGCAGAGCACCCCUUCCCAGAACCGGAAGCGCCUCUACAAAGUGAUCCGGAAGUUGCAGGACCUCGCUGAAGGCAUCUUCCCAGAAGAUGACGUACCGGAAAAAGCCUACAGGAACCUGCGAGACGAGGAGCAGGAGAGGAGGCCAAGGAAGUGUUUGCCCAAAGCCAGGUCACAAAACCAUCCAGGGAAAGGCAGGAAGGAGGACUCGUGUCCAGACCCGAGCUCCGGAUCCAAGAGGAGGAUGAGGCGGCGGCGGCGGCGGGGUUCGGGAGCUGAGUCUGUGGCGCCCCAGGAGCAGCGUGGGGGCCCAGGCGGGAGAGGGGCUCGGAAGAAGAGGCGGCGGCUUCGGGCUGGGGCCAAAGUGAAGGGGGCCAGAUGCCAAGAGCUACAGACCGAGCAGCGGCUGCUGCAGAGCCGGAAGUGACCCCAGCAGGCCCAGCACACGCAGGGAGGCGCUGUCCCUUUGGCUUCUUGCGCUGAGUGGCGUUGGGGCACAGGACCGCAGGGCCCUGUUCCUGAGACGGAGGACACAGUUCUCUGACGCGCUGUGUCGGCACAGGGUCGGGCCCCAGAGAGCGUGGAUGCCUUGCUGACCUUGGUCAGGCCAGAAAGCCCCCGGACAUAAAACUGCUUGGCAGACCGCCCUCCCUGGGCCAGGGUCUGGCCGGACGUGGGAGUGUCCGUGAAUAAAGUGCUGUACGGCUCUUA